AUGUCCUUUUUUGGAAUUGGAGACACUGGUCCGGGACAACGAUUCGAGCGUAAUGGAAACGGCGAUGUGUAUGAAUUUCAGGAUACAUAUGAUGGAUUAGGAGAGCAACUUGAAGAAGCAGACGACGCUUUGAACGAUGAAACUUUUGGACAUGCCGGUGAUAUUGGCAAAGAUUUCAAUUUUGGUGGUAUGCCUGGACUGGGUCAGUCUCAGGUAGCACCAGUUGCUUCAGCGCCACCGAAGCAGACCAUCAGUUACGCUCAAGCCGCUUUAAAUCCUUUGCACGAUGAUGAAUUCAUGCAAGAUUUAUGGGGAACAACGAAUGCACCGACAAAUAAGACAGAAGUGCAAGCAAAGGAGGAUGAAAAUAAAAUUUUAUCUCUUCAAGAGAUUGAGGCUCAAUUGACAUCUAUGGAACAUCAGAAUCAAUUCAUGCCCCAACCACAAUCCUUUGGUAUUCCUGGAAUGAUGUCGCAACCUCAGAUGGGGGGAUAUAUGAUGCCUCCCGGUGGAUACAUGCCCCUUCCGGGACAGUAUGGUAUGUACCCAAGUGGCGUUCCACAGCUGAUUCCACCUCAGAUGCUUCUUAAUCCUCAAGGUGGAGCUCCUCAGCCUCAUCUUCAACAGGUAACUCUGCAGAAUCAGGCACCACAGCAGCAGCAGCAACAACAGCAGCAACAACAGCAACAGCAACCAACAUCACAACAACAGCAGCAACCUCAUCAGGUUUCUCCUCAACAGGAUGCCCAAUUGUCAAAUCCAACACUGGCUCAGAUUCCAGUACAACCACCAGUUGAAAUACAAGCUCCUGAUUACUACGAGUCUUCUCAAAAUCCUUCUAGGAAUAUAAAGGUCGAUUUAACUCAAUUUCCUGUGUUAGGCGCAAAGGGUUCUGAGAAGCACCGUGGUGCACCUACCUACACUUCUGGUCCUGGAACUCAAUAUCACCGUCAACAUCAGCCUCUUCCUCAAAGUCAAGAGGUUGAAAACAAAUUUCAAAAUCGUGAGAGAUCUGCGCAUUACCAUCAAGGUCAACAACAACCGCACGUCGAACUUACCCCGGAAGAGGAAGAAAAGUUGAAUAGAAGGCAUGAAAAGGUUUCUCGUAUUAUGAGAUAUUCUGGUAUUAUGAAUCCUAAAGAUAAGGAUUUUGUCACUAGAUUCCAAUUGUCCCAGAUUGUUACAGAUGAUCCAUAUAAUGAGGACUUCUAUGCUCAAGUCUAUAAGGUGAUCCACCCAAAGACUUCAGUUCACGGCGAUCAACCUCAAGCCCUGCAGAAUAACUCGAUAGCCCAAGCCUACUUAGAUCAAAGUGGACAUAGGUUGGGAGGCCGUUAUAAGCGGGCAGAUGUUGCAUUACAAAGAAUGCAACAACAGGUCCAGAAGGCUGUCACAGUAGCAAAGGAAAGGCCAAAGUUAACGCAAUAUGCGAAGGAAGGCGCCCUAGGAAAGAUUUCAUUUGGUAGCGGAAAGAAGCCCAGGCAACAACUUGAAAUUUUAAGUAAGGCAGCUCAAAGAGAAAUGGAAGCGGAGAAAGAGAACUUAGAGGGUAAGGAACCAUCUAAAAAGGAAACUUCGUCGAGAUCCAUUAAAAAAUAUUCUAGGAAGGAUAUUUUAAGAAUUUUAGAAAACAUAAUUUCAAAUCUUAUGAAAGCAGAAAGCGAGUCCAGAACUAGUCCUAAUACUGGCCAGGAUGCUCUAUGGGAAUCCUUGCGUGUCUUGGAACAGCCUUCGACAUCUGGAGAUGAUGAGACCGAGGUCAAUCCAUUCAUUCAAUGCUUAAAUCACGACAAAGCUCUCAAGAUUUUACCACGACUUUUCAAAUUCUUAUCGAGGCAGCAAAUUUUGACAAUUGUGACCUUGAUCAUGUCUAACUUGGAAAAUUUGACAGUUAUUAAGUUGGGGUCUUAUACAACUUACAGUGAUAAGAAGGUACCCGAGAAGGUUCAAAAGUUAGUUGACACCUAUUCGUUAACAUUUUCAAAGGUUUUGAUGAAUGCGGUUCAAGACUUCAAAUUCAAUGAAAUAAUUGGUUUAUUAGUUAUCCUAAUUGAGCACAAUAAUGUUGCAUUUGUAUCAACUACUAAGAUUGGUUUAUCAAUAUUAACUACUUUAUUGUCACGUGCGGAACUCAUUAGAGGUGAAGGUACAAUGUCUGCUACCGAUUUAUCUGAAUGGUCGUCAUGUUAUGAUGAGUUAUUUACAUCUCUCGAGUCAAGAAUUGCAGCUAUAUUUCCACCUCAUGACGUAGAUGACGGUUCGACAGGUGAGAACUAUGUUUGGCAAUUUUUAGCUACUCUCUCAUUAGGCGGAAAACUUAGUCAUCAAAGGAUAAUUGUUGACGAGGUUAGAGAUGAAAUCUUCAGUGCUAUGAGCAGAGCAAAGGCAAUUGAUAACAAUGAUUUGAAUAAUUUGUACAAGAAACAAAACUUGUUGAACAAUUUGAAUAUGUACUUGGUUGUUAUGGGCUUGGUGGCAGACGAGAAUGAAAUCAAAGAAUUACAAUCCUAA